AUGGUCACGGUCAACUCACCUGAGCAGGUUCAAGCUCACCUGAGCAAGUUACCAGCUUUCUCGGCUUUCAACAUUGCUAUCACCUCUCUCUGUCUAAUCGCGAUAUACAUCUUCUGCAGAAGCUUCUACUACCUCUACGUCAGUCCGCUCCGACACUACCCAGGCCCCAAACUCUGGGCCAUCUCUCGCCUGCCAUGGAACUAUGUUAACAUGAAGGGCCGCAUCUCCUGGCGCAUCCGUGAGCUCCACGACCAAUACGGCCCCGUCGUCCGCAUUGCGCCCGACGAGCUUUCCUACACGAGCUCCACGGCGUGGAAGAAGAUUUAUGGGCAGCGCACGCCCAGCGAGUUCCCAAAAGCCCUCGACGGCCGCGGCAUCGCGCCGCCGACCAUGGAGGGCCGGAAGACGCUGAUGACGGAAGACCAGGCGGGACACGCGAAGCUCAGGCGCGCCAUUAACCCAGCCUUUUCUGAGCGUGCGUUGCGUGAGCAGGAGUAUUAUUUUCAGAAUUAUACGGAUACUCUCGUGAGUCAACUAAGGAGAGUUUGCAAAGAAGGCGCUGUAGAUCUGUCAACCUGGUUCAAUCUUCUUGCUUUCGACAUUCUGAAUGACCUCGCCUUCGGCACUUCUGAAAACUGUCUCAACAACUCCGACCAUCCCUGGCUUCGCCUCAUCAAUACGCGCGCCAAAGCCUACGUCUGGAUCCAACUAACAGUACAAUACGGCGUCUUCGACCUCCUCACCUGGAUCGCACCGCGCCGCGUGACCGAGUCCCGCCGCAAGCACAUCGCCAUGACGGAGGCCAAAGUCCGACAGCGCAUCGAGACCAAGAACCCGGGCAAGGACUUUAUGUCCUACAUCCUUGAUAAACCGGAGGAGGGCAAUAAGCUCACCAAUAUUGAGCUGACGAUGCUGGCGGGCACUUUCAUCGUCGCCGGCAGCGGCACCACCGCCGGUGGCAUGUCUGGCCUCACGUACCUGCUACUUCAGAACCCGGAGAAGCUCGAAAAGGUAAAGGCGGAGAUUCGCGGCAAGUUUAGCACGCAGAAGGAGAUCACUAUGGUUGCUGCGCAGAAUUGUAGGUACCUCCGCGCGUGCAUCGACGAGGGCAUGCGGUUGUACCCUCCCACGCCGGGCUCCCUGCCCCGAUGGGUUCCGGGGAAGGGCAAGGUCAUUAACGGUAGAUGGGUUCCUGGCGGCUACGCUGUUGCUGUGAACCAGUUUGCGGCGGGACACUCUGAGCAUAACUUCCGCCGAGCUCGAGAGUUCAUUCCUGAGAGAUGGCUUGAGCUGGGCCCCGAGUCUGAAUUUGCCAACGAUGAUCGGGCGGCAGUCCAACCGUUUUCAUAUGGGCAACAUAUUUGUAUCGGAAGAGCCAUGGCGUUCGCCGAGAUGAGUCUGACUAUGGCAAAGAUGAUUUGGAAUUUCGACUUUGAGCUCGAGAAUCCUGCCGAAGAUUGGUGGAGCAAACAGGGAACGUAUAUUAUGUGGGAGAAGGUCCCUUUGAUGAUCAGGUUACGCCCUAGAACAGCUACUUGA